AUGGAGAUUUCCGAUCAUGACAGACUUGACCUAGUGACGGGGUAUCUUGAAGAGCUUCACAGAAAGAAGCAGUCCGACGUUUUGCGAUUCAUUCUCAGAAUCAGAUGCUGGGAGUACCGUCAGCUGAAGGCCAUUCACCGUGCCUCCCGCCCCUCCCGCCCUGAUAAGGCUCACCGUCUCGGUUACAAGGCCAAGCAGGGCUUUGUCAUCUACCGUAUUCGCGUUCGCAGAGGUGGCCGCAAGCGCCCUGUUCACAAGGGUGCUACCUACGGUAAGCCCACCAACCAGGGUGUUACUCAGCUUAAGUACCAGAGAUCUCUCCGUGCUACUGCUGAGGAGCGUGUUGGCCGUCGUGCUGGUAACCUCCGUGUCUUGAACUCUUACUGGGUUAACCAGGACUCUACCUACAAGUACUUUGAGGUUAUUCUUGUUGAUCCCCAGCACAAUGCUAUCCGCAACGACCCCAGAUACAACUGGAUUGCUAAGCCCGUCCACAAGCACCGUGAGGCUCGUUCCCUUACUGCCACUGGCAAGAAGUCCAGAGGUAUCAACAAGGGCCACAAGUACAACAACACCAAGGCUGGCAGAAGACACACUUGGAAGAAGCACAACACUCUCAGCCUCUGGAGAUUCCGUUAA